GGAACCGUCCAGCUGAUCUGCCACGUCAAGCCCGGCGUCCAUGCCACGCGCGAGGGCGUGGCAUCCGUUUCCGAGGAGCAUGUCCAAGUCUGCGUUGCAGCACAGGCAAAAGACGGAGCGGCCAACAAGGCCGUGGCGCGAGUCAUUGCCGAAGCCCUGGGAAUAGCCAAGUCUGACGUCCAAGUCGUCAAGGGCAUCAAGAGCAGGGACAAGACGGUUGCCGUU